CAUCCCUGAUACACAUCAACAAACAGGCGGUUGACGGGACACACAAAAAGAGAGCAGAAAAAACUGGUCACAUUUCUCAGGCACCUGAAAACGUGCUGGUUAUUUUAAGACGCGUGUUACUUAUUGAUAAGAGGGGGGGACGUUUAAACUACUUCCACUCUGGUCAUGUUUUAAUAGUGACUGUACAUGGCAAGCAGCUGAAUGCUUUGGGACCUCUGUAAUAUAGAGAACCUCUGGUCAGUGAUAUCUUACAUCUAGCUUGGCAUCAUAAGGUGCGCAGACGGAGAGCCGAGCUGCCCUGUGCAUCUAUUCACCUUGGAAGAUAUUUGGAUCAAAUCGAGAUCUGUUCCAGUUUUCUUCACAGAAGUAUUUUUUCCUUAUUCUUCACCUUCUUCGCUUAUUGGGUUUCCUCAAGACCCCCAAUGCCCUGCGCACACUCCUGUUGGUCUGAGCUUUUGGAUAUUUCUAUGCCUUGGCAGUUCAUGACUCUUUCACCUAUAUCAACGAAACUCCUCGGUAGCAAGCAGAGGCAGUCAGUCCAGCAUUAGGCGCCUUCAAUUAAGCAGAACAACUGAGCAACUUCGAUCCACUGGGAAUCAUGGAGAAUAGUCCUGGAGGUGGUGUUAUCUUGUACGCUGGCUCGUCCGGCAGUGCCAGCCCGAGUCCUGGCAGCCCUUCAAGCGGAUACCAGACCCAGUCGCCCUCCUCCCACUCACAGCCUUCAUCGCCAGAGGGCGUCUCCUUUCAGGAGAUCGGGACCCCGAAGCAGAGAGGGGAGCAAGGGGGAGGAACUCCUUCCCCGAGAAUGGUCUUCCAGUUUCCUGAAGUAAACAAUGCUCCUGCUGCCCAAAUAAGCACCGUAUCAUCUGCGACCUACGGCCACCCCACAGUGGCCAAAAGACCUUGUGGUUUUACUGGCACGUUCACCAAAACUGGAGGAAUGGUGCUUCUGUGUAAGGUGUGUGGAGACAUCGCAUCUGGGUUCCAUUAUGGUGUGCAUGCCUGCGAAGGCUGCAAGGGUUUCUUCAGACGCAGCAUUCAGCAGAAUAUCCACUACAAGAUGUGUGUGAAGAAUGAGAAGUGUCUGAUCAUGCGCAUGAACCGAAACCGGUGCCAGCAUUGCCGCUUUAAGAAGUGUCUCUCCGUGGGCAUGUCCAGAGAUGCUGUGCGUUUUGGGCGUAUUCCCAAACGUGAGAAGCAAAGGCUAUUGGAUGAGAUGCAGAGCUACAUGAACAGUCUCAAUGAAUCGGCUUCCAUGGACAUGGAAGUGUCGCCACCUCCCGACGCCCCAUGCAGUCCCCAGAACCAGACGAAUGAAGGAGCAGGCUCCAUAUCACAGUCUUACCGCAGCACCUUAAUCAACAUUGACGAGAAACCCCCCAAGAUGGCCGCUGGCAACAGCAACGUAGGCACUUCCUCCUUCCAGAACAGUCCGGUGCAAGAAGCUUCCCUGUCACAUUUGACAACUCAGACUCAGCACACGGCCCAAGCAGAGCAGGCAAACGUCACGUCAAACUACUAUGUUUCGACAAGCUGCCCUGUCGCCCCAAACAACAACAACAACAACAAUGAAAACUCCGUUAACACCAAUGUUGACAACUCCAAGUACAACUUCUCCUCCAAUCAGAAUCAGUGCCCCUUCAGUGGCAGUCAGUCAUCUCAGGCCUACACAGUCAAUCAGAGCAGCUACACAGCCAGAGACUCACAGAACCAAAGUCCUUGUCCUUGGAAGCUAAAUGGAGGAGCCAAAGUCCUGGCUUGUCCUCUAAAUUCCUGCCCGGUGGCUCCAGCCAGUCGCUCCAGUCAGGAGGUGUGGGAGUCUUUCUCCCAGUGCUUUACGCCGGCGGUAAAAGAGGUGGUGGAGUUUGCGAAGAGCAUCCCAGGCUUCCAGAAUCUCAGCCAGCAUGAUCAGGUCAUGCUGCUCAAAUCCGGCACUUUCCAGGUUCUGAUGGUGAGGUUCUGCUCACUGUUUGAUCCCAAGGAGAGGACAGUGACAUUCCUCAACGGACAGACAUACUCACUGGCAUCCCUCAGGGCUCUUGGCAUGGGCUCAUUGUUGGACGCCAUGUUUGAAUUCAGCGAGAAACUGGGAUCUAUGGGUCUGGAGCCAGAUGAGAUGGCUCUUUUCAUGGCUGUUGUGCUUGUUUCUGCUGAUCGCUCUGGUAUCGUGGAGGUUGGAGCAGUAGAGCAGCUGCAGGAGAAUCUCAUAAAAGCUCUGCGCUCUCUCAUCACUAGUCGCCGCCCAGAUGACAGCACCCUCUUCCCAAAGCUGCUGCUACGUCUGCCAGACCUGCGCACCUUGAAUAACCAUCACUCUGAUAAGCUUCUAGCUUUCCGCAUCGAUCCAUGAGCUCUAAGAGCUUAAGCUAAUUGAGGUAUCUGCUUUGGGGAACCUCUCUAGUCCCCAUGUAAGCCUGGCCUGCCACAUACAGCACACUGGCCUACGCAUGAUGGACAGUUGUUGUAGGAGCUGUGCCGAGUUCCAGCUGUGAGAGAGAGAUCUUGGAAAGGAAAUCUGCCAAGGACGUAGGUACAUCAGGAGGCGGAGGUCUCCUGAUCUCAAACUGAUUCCUCCUCCAGUUGUUUCCAGGACUGCUGAACAAAAACCUGGACUAUGUUCUUCCAUGGGUUUUUCAACUUAACAUGAGACCACCAAGUAAUCACCUCUCCCUCCUGGAGUUUGUCAGUUUUGUCAUUCUGAAGACCAAAAAGAUGAAAGAGCCUGCUGUUCCUCACCAGACUGUAUCCUCCUCUUCAAGCUCACAGAGCAAACUAGAGGGAAGCACAUACUCCAGCCCAGAGAAACAGGAACAUGUACAUUCAUCAUCCAUCAUUUAUUACAAACUCAAUUCAUGCUACAUUGUGUAAAGGGCACUUUCCAUAAAUUAAGAGGACCUCUUAAUUCAGUAUAUAACAUAGCAAUAGAUACGCCUGAUAAGCAGUUUGGAGGACUGUUUGUGUUUGCCCUGUUGAAAUAAAUAAGCUAUUUUCACAAAAUGUCACCAAGUGGGAAAUCUUAAAGAAAAUCAUCUGUGAUUGAGAAGUGUGUAACAUUUUUAAGAAAUGAAAGUAAGCUGCAUUGUAUUUGUAUGCGGUAAUCAGGGAGAAAUUAUUGGUCAUUUUAGACCACAUAUGUGGAGUUAUGUAUUGCAAGUAUUUUGUUGUAAAUCUUGUACAUAAACAUUAUCCUUUGUUCUUGUUAGUUUGCAGAUUAUUGGAUAUGUAAAUGAAGUUAGUGUUGAAUUAUUGUAUAAUGUCACUGAUAGAUUGCUACACAGAUAAGAGAAAGCAGCCUUUGAAUUGUGUGCUCAGAGUAUAAACUUUUUAUUUGAAGAUAUAUAACUGAAAUAAAUGUACUGUCAUCUGACUGCAUCACCUUGUGAAUAUUUUGUAAAUGUUUUAUGGUGGCACCAUAGAGUACCAUUAUUAAAAAAACAUUAUAUAU